GCAUCUGCUUUCUGUUUCCAAUUUUUUCAACUUCAAAACAAAAGUUAUUACUUUUAUUAAAUUCAAAAUAGAAUUUUAUCAUUAUCUUCAUUUUGUUUAUUAUUAAUAAACCAUUAAAAACAAACUAGAAAAAAAAAAUGGAUAAUACAGAAGAAAUAACUCAACACAUUGAGUACACUCGUACAGUUGUGCCUUCAACAAUGCGAAGUCCAUACUGGAAGUUUUUUGGGUUUCCCUCCGACAACUCAAAUAAUGUUUUAACAAAACAAAAAAUAAUAUGUACACUCUGUAAUGCAGUUAUUGCAUACAAUAAAAAUACAUCAAAUCUACGAACGCACAUAGUUGCGCGUCAUCCAGAACUCCUUAUUGAGUUGUACAAUGAAAAGAAGAAAACCAACGGAACUACAGCAGGACAGCAAAGCCUGUUACAAGGCAAAACUACUACUUUAACAAAUGCUGACGAGCCACCAGGAGCUAAGCGUCCCAAAAUACAAUACGUUAUUGGUUGUCUUGAUAAUGAAUCAAAUGAUAAUGAACCUGGCACAAGUGACACCAAAUCAUUCGAUGUGUCCAUAAUUGAGGAUGCCAUAAUUGAACACAGUAAUGACAAGGCCACUGACAAUAGUGAUUUUGAUGAUUUUUCAGGUCCAAUUACCUCAAACCCAGAAUAUGGUUUUGAGGAAAUAGAAAUGAAUCAUUCUAAAGGGAACAUGUCUGUGGACGAUUUAAGCUUGGAAGAUCAAAUUGUGGAAAUGAUUAUUACGGAUCUACGUUCGCCUUCAUUGGUUCAGGAAACAGGAUUUGAGAAGUUAAUGACCAGUAUUAAUAAUAGGAUGGCAAUGCCCAGGAGACACCAAAUUGAACAAAAAAUCAACAAACUGUACAAUAAGAACUUCAAGAAGAUCCAUCAGCAGAUAAGAGCGGUCACAAAUACAAAGCCCUACGCAAUAAGCAUGGAAUUUUUUCGCAAUGUCGAAGAAAAAAGCUUAGUUUGCAUUUAUUUCAAUCAUCUGAUACCAGUUGAAGCUCGCUUACAAUUGACAGCCUAUACCACACUUGAAAUUACACCAAAUUUUGAGCUUUCAACUGUUUUUAGUGAUUUCAACUUGAGUAACUGCUCUGCAGUUAUAAUGAGUGAUGAAAAUGAAUUGGUUGAACAAUUCUUUUUAACACUUGGAGUUCCUAUCAUACCUUGUUUUGAAUCAGUAGUUAAUAAUUGUAUGAUGUCAAUAUUUGCACACACAGCAGUCAAUGGUGCAUAUAAGAGAACACUAGAAUUAUUCGAAAAACAUGAUUGUGCCACAUUGUUAGAUAGUUUUCCUGAAAUUUUCGAAGAGAAUCCCUGGUCAAAGUUUAAUUUCCUGCAAUUUGUUCAAGAUCAUCUGUCAAUGGUCGAUGAAGAAAACACAGAAGCAAUUGAAAUUUCCAAACAACUCGUUAACUUCCUAAGUCCACUUAAGACUACCCUAGAAACAAUAGCCGAUGAACCGUUACCUUUAUGUUCGCUUAUGAAACCCUUAAGUAGAAAAUUAAUAGACGAAUAUUUGUCUACGUUUUUCUGUGAGACUGAAGCCCUAACCGAUGUGAAAAAUAUUGUUAUUGAUGAAUUGACACAGAGAAUUUUAAGCAACAUGUUUCUAUCAGAAUCGUCACUUUUUGAUCCACGAUUUCAAAGUGUAACAGUUGAGACUGAAAGCCUUCAGGAUAUAAAAGAUUCAGUGGCACAUCGUUUUGAGCAUCUUAUAGCCAAUGAUGUCAUUGAACAGAAGCCAAUUAAAUUAGAAUCCAAAACGCCACAGAGAAAAUCUUCUCUCAAAUUAUUCUUCAAUCGUGGUGUCAAAACGGAAACGAAACAACCUUUGAAACGUUCUCUGGAGUAUGAAGUUAUAAAAUAUACAAGCGAGAGUGGUGCUGACUUGGAACAAUGUCCAAUGAAGUGGUGGGAAGAGAAUGAAUUUGUAUAUCCAAAGCUUCGUAAAAUAUCUGAUUAUUAUAUGUGUGUACCAUGUUGUUCGACUAAUUUAUUUAAAUCUUCUAUAGUUGAUCGAGUAGCGAUUACUAAUCGUCGAUUUAUGUUGAGGAAAAAUAUAAUCAAUCAAAUUUUGUUUUUACAUUUGAACAAAGAAAGCUUAGAACUAUUUAGAAAUGACGAACAGUCAAAGAAAUAAUUUAUAAUAAGUUGCAUAUUAAUAUUAAAUGUAAGUUUGUAUUAUAUAGUUUAUAUAAA